UGUACUGUAUCGUCUGUUGUGUUGUGUCGCAAGAAGAAAAAUGCUGUCAGAUUUCAGAACUUAAUAACUAGAAUUUAUAUAUUUUUUAAAUCAGACUGCGAAUAUCAAAUCAACCGACAACAUGUUGAACUCAUUUUUCCGUGGCCUUCUCGGUACCGAGGAGUCACCAACUAAAGUCCUGGAGGUGCGGUCUGACAAUUACCUCUCAAGGCCGAUACAUUACCGUGAAGAUUCCAUGUUAUUAUACGGUCCAAAGAUUCCGCCAGACAGUAAGAAUUCCAAAGAUAAAUAUUUCGAAAUUGUGCUACAUAAACCCUUUACAGAAAGCUUGCAUCAGAUGUACAGUUUAUUUCGCUCUGAAAAUAAAGAUAUUGCCGAGGAAAGGUUUAUUGUGUUAAAAGAAAGAGUUCCACUCUACAUUAAGAUCACGAAAGAAUGCACCGUCCCGAGCCUUCAGAAAUUAUGCGAUCUUUUAACGGAGCAUCAGUCCUGGUCAAUAGCACAUAUAGUGGCGCAUUUUGGCCAGUACGAACUAUUCAAUGAUGAGGAAGUGCAGAAACGCAUCGACGAGGUUGAUCCACUAACUGGAACAACACCAAUAAUGGUUGCUGUAAAAACAGCCAACGUGCGCAUGGUACAGAGCCUGGUGUCUCUGAAGUGCUCUCUAGACAAGGUGGACUUGGAAGGUAAUACUGUGUUCCACUACGCCGCCGCCAGUAAUAAGGAAAUUAUUAAUGCUCUAGCCAACAAGACAGCGACAUCGCUGAAUCUGUUCAACAAGCAGGGGUACACACCGCUUCACAUGGCGUGUCUAGCCAACGCGCCCGACUGUGUACGAGCCCUUAUACUUGCCGGGGCCGACGUCAACCUCACUGCUGCUAAGCGCUCCACCAGUUCUCUGCCCGGUCUAGUAGGCGACGUCCUAGAAGACAACCGACCUAAAUUAUACCAACAAGACAUGAAAUAUGGUGGCACACCGCUCCAUUGGGCAGUAUCGCGCGAAGUCAUAGAAGCUUUAGUCGAUAAAAAUUGCGACAUGAACGCUUUAAACUUCGACGAUAGAACUGCUUUACACGUACACGUAUUACGCGGCCGAUUAGAGUGUGCCAUUGCCUUGUUAUCAAGAGGUGCAGAAUUAAAUAUACAAGACAAAGAAGGCAACACACCUCUUCAUUUGGCCGUGAAGCAAUCGAAUAUAGCAAUAGUACAAGCGUUGGUGGUUUUUGGAGCUGAUUUGGAAGCGGUGAACAAUAUGGGCUUUACAGCGAGACAUUUGACGCCAAUAGAUAUGUCGAAUAGUAAUUACGAUAAGAUCUUGUAUAUUCUGCAUGCGGUUGGUGCUAAAAGAUGCCCACCAGAGGUCGCGGAAUGCGGCGUGGGGUGCUCGGCGCGCGGCGACUACAAUGGGGUGCCUCCGCCUGCCAUCCCGGGCGCCGCCACGCGUGACGUCAUCAGCCAGAUGCUCUCCGUCGCUGCUAUGGAGCGUGCCGCUUGUAUGGACGCCAGUCAGAAGCUAGGCCGUCUUCUCUGCCUAGACGGCGGCGGUAUUCGAGGACUAGUACUCGUGCAACUCCUCAUAAGCUUAGAAGAGGUUGUAGGCCAACCCAUCAUCCAUUGCUUCGACUGGGUAGCAGGGACCAGUACUGGAGGCAUUUUGGCGCUAGCCUUGUCUUGUGGGAAGACCUUGAGAGAAUGCCAGAGACUGUACUUCAGAAUGAAGGAGUUCGCCUUUGUCGGGAUGAGGCCCUAUCCGUCUGACGCUUUGGAGACUAUCUUGAAGGAGUGUUUGGGCACAGAGACAGUGAUGGCGGACAUCCAACACCCGAAGCUGAUGAUCUUGGCAGUGCUGGCUGACCGCAAGCCGGUGGACCUUCACAUCUUCAGGAACUACCAGUCUGCGCAGGAGAUCCUCAACUUGCAUAACGGGACAGCAAGUCCGCGCGCGGAGGCAGGCGACAACGUGACGGUGGUGGCGCUGCCCGAGCCGCCGCCCCCUGGGGAACAGCUGGUGUGGCAGGCCGCGCGGGCCACCGGCGCCGCGCCCUCGUACUUCCGCGCCUCCGGCAGGUACCUGGACGGCGGUUUGAUGGGCAACAACCCUACUUUGGACGUACUGACUGAGCUAGCAGAGUUGCGAUUGGCGCUACGAGCGACCGGUCGGGAGGAAGAGGCUAAACUGACCAGCUUGAAGGUCGUUGUGUCGUGUGGAACAGGGCUAAUACCAGUGACGAAACUAAAAGACAUAGACGUGUUCAAACCUGAGAGCUUGUGGGACACAGCUAGGCUGGCCAUGGGUUUGACGGCUAUUGGAAGCCUUCUUGUCGACCAGGCCACCCAAUCCGACGGGCGCGUGGUGGAGCGCGCACGGGCGUGGUGUAGCACGCUAGGCGUCCCCUACUACCGGUUCUCACCGCGCAUGUCUCGCGACGUGGCCAUGGACGAGAGAUGCGAUGAAAAACUAGUCACCAUGCUGUGGGAGGCGCAAGCGUACAUGCGGGAGCACAGGGACCGCGUCGCUGAACUCGCCGCUCUGCUCGUACAUGACAAGCGAUGAUCCCAAACACUACGAAGUCCUAGACGGGCACAAUUUCAUCCUAGCUAAUCUUCAUUUAUACAGGUAAAUAACCUGUAUAUUGUAUUCAACGUGAAUCAUGCAAUUAAUUCCGUGUUACAUAACGCUUUACUCGGAUGUUACGAAUUGGUGUACGUAUCGUAUAAAACCGUAUAAUACUAUUAUAUAUCAUGUAUUUCACGAAUUACGAAUUACGAUUUGGCUGCGUUCCGAAAAGGGUUUACAAUAAAAAACCGAAUAUGCAAAUAGCAACAUCACGAACAAUCGGAAAAAAUAAGUGGAUCCAAUUUUACAUUUAUGAUUGUUUAUUUUAAUGUCUACUAAACGUAUUCAAGUCAUAUUUACAAGUAAUAUUUAAAAAAAACAGGGAUGUAGAAUUUUUAUUUAAUGACAACUGUGUUAUUAGAUUUAGUUAUUUAAUUUUACAUAAUUACUAAAAUAUUUAAGUUUAGAUUUUAUCAAAUGUUUUUAAUGUUAUUGUUGGUUGUGUGGUAGUGUUGUGUUUCUUUUUAUUUAUUAAUGAAAUUAUUUGUUCAAAACACGUUACAUCACAAGCAAAUAUAUUUAAUGCAAUCUUCUUUACAAUGUACUUUAUAGGAAUAAUAUUUGACAAUAUUGACAUUAGCAUUAUAUACUGUCGAACUUUAUACAAAAUUACCUAAGUAUUUAUAACAAUCUAGUAUAUCAAUGUAUGACAUAAAUAUUCCCCUUUUCAAGUCCCUUUCAUAAAUUAUCGUCAUACUUUUCUCUUCGCUUUAGUGUCGUUUGAGAAACCUACUGUCUAUAUAAUUUAUUUCAAGAGAAAUCAUACAAAAAUAUUCGUGUACUGUAUACGUAUAUAAUAUCGGCUCUCUUGACGCGAAGUCACUUUCACUUGUCUGGAAGGUUUUUUAUUCAGUAGUUGUGCUCUCCAACAAACAUGAAACGCAAAGGGGUCGAAAAGACCUGGCGACGCUCGGUUGACCGGGAAUUUCAAGCUCUCGGCAUGUCAUGGGAGCAAGCUACAGAGGGUGCAAAAAAUCGCGAGGAGUGGAAAUCUUAUUCGAGCCCUAUAUCCCAACAAUAAUAGGAUCAGGAAAGAGAGAGAAAUGUUCUUGGAUAAACGAUUUCUUGAAACAUUGCCGUAUAUAAGUGCACAAGAAGUUGAUAAAUAAAUCGGUCAAAACGAUAUUGUGAUAUGCAAAUCGUUUCGUUUUAAUAAAACAGCCAAAAAGUACAUUAUUAAUUACCUUCAGUUAGUAGGUUUUUUAAAUGAAGAUACAUGUUGCUCUAAAUAAUGUAUAUGUACCUAUCUACGCUUUAAGAUAUCUUGACCAACAUACCUAUCUGAACUUAGUCAACUUAAAAACUAUUUUAUUGUGCAGAUCACAAAUAAAUCGUAAUUUUAAUUUAAUUAAUAUGAAAGUAAUAUAUAAAUAAAUAUCAUCUACCAAUAUUAGUCCAAAUUUGGACAUAGAUCUGCAUCAGUUACGGGUAGUCUGUAUUCCAUAUAAUAUAUUGUAAGUAUGUCAAGUGCUCAGCGGUGAAGGAAUACAUCGUGAGGAAACCCACAUUCCCGGGAAAUGCGUUUCUGUGGUAUUCGACCUAACCUGUCUUGGGCUGGUUCCCCUUCGCGGGUCAGAAGGUCAGUUAGUCGUUUCUGUGAAAAACCCGGACCUGUCAAAUCUUCAGGUUACGUAAGCGGACCCCGGGAAAACAGAAUAACGCUAGGGAGAUGAUGAUAUUAUAAGUUUGUAAUUUAUCGUCAUGUCUUAUGAAGAAGUCAAAGAAUUGGCCUUGUACAGGCAAGAAUGGAGAAUAUUACACGGACAAGAGCGUGGCUCUUUAGUUAAUCUUCUUCUAUCGUGUCGGUUGUGAGGUGGUUUACAAACCUCAUCAACCCUGGUGUUAGUGUUAUUAUUGAGCCGCCAAAGGCCCCCUGACAUGGCUCGUUCAAUUAAUGAUGAUGAUGUAAUUUAUAUAUUAUUAACUUGAUGGCUCUGUACAAUUUAAAACUUAAGUAAGGCUAAAUAAAGAAUAUUUACAAUUUGUUUCUUUUUGACGCUGUUUCAUAAUUUGAAACAAAUAGGGUACUUGAUUGGGUCGAAGUUAAAUUAUAAAAUACUAAUCUAGAAAUAGAAAAGCAAUCUCAUUUUAUUUUCGAAUGUUAUUUAUCAAUUAAAUAACAAUGAGUACGACGUUUGACCGCUUUUAUUGAUGACGUCACAGUACAGUAUUUCCAUACAAACUCCAAAGAGAAAUUUCGUUUUGACAUUUUGAAAAAAGUAUGUCAUUUAUCUAUUGUAUACCAAAGGUUUUUAAUUGUACAGAGCCUAUAAUUUUCUGUAUUUAUAUUGUACUUAUUUUAUGCCGAUUACAUAUUUAUAUUUUAACUCAAAUGUACUGUAGAACGGUGGUUUUUAAUGAGCACAAUGGUUCCAGAGCUACCAACACACCAAGAUGAGCGUCUACUGUAAACUUUUGAUUGGUAUAUAUAUCCAGAGGUCAAUAUCCAUGUUUUUACCGCAAUUUUUUUUUGUUAUGUUUUGUAUAUCGUCGCUUCAUAGUAAAAACUACGUAACGCCUUUUUGAAAAAUCACUUUGUUCAAAAAAUAUCGAUUUCUUUCAAUGAGGGACGUUCCAGGCUAUGUUCUCCAAAAUAAAUUACAAAUUUGCCUGAAAGGCGCUGUACAAAUUUGCCUUCGUUUAAUCUUCUAUUUAAGAAUAAGAAUUUGAAUUUUUUUUUUCAUUUUUUUUUUUCAAUUUUAAUUUUUUUAGAACCAAAGUUGGUUUUUGUUGCACCGUCAAUUGUAAAAAAAUGUAUUAAGUACUGUACUUAUUUUUAAUAAUAAUAAUAUUAUCUUUGUUUUUGGCUAUAAAUGAUGACCCUUGUUAUAACACCCAGGUACAAUACAUCUUCCACCCAUUAUAAUUCUGUUCAAAAUAAUGAGAAGCAAUAUAAGUAGGUAGCAACAUAAUUCUAUACAUGUAUAUCUGAUCCAAAUAUUUCUAUUGCUUUAUAUGUCUCUAUAUGUAUCUGGUCCUUGGGGUAGUGAGGCGAGGGAAUUGAUCAGGGAGAUCGGCCGGAGACUCAAAGUCAGAGGGGGUGACCCUAGGUCUGCGUCUUACCUGGUCCAACGCCUGUCUGUGGCUGUGCAACGGGGCAAUGCCGCUAGUGUAAUGGGUUCGUUUGGACCAGGUCAGAUUCAGAACACUUAAACGCCUAGUUGGACGUGACGAAGUUACGUAUGUUCUGCCAUUACAUUAUAUUUUUGAAUAAUUA